ACAGAAAAUCUAAAACCCUGUUUGUGUCUUCCCCCGAGCCUAAAGUAAAACCCCACCCCAACGCGCGCAGAAUCCUCCGGAAGGAGGAGGAGGAGGAGGAGAAGAAACCCUCUCACUCUCUCUCGUCACUGCAAUGGUGGGGGCGGAGGGACUCACAGUGAGGGUAUCGCACAUUCCUAAAACGGUGAUCGCCAAGGACCUCUUCGACUUCUUCGAAUCAGCAAUCGGCAAAGGCUCCGUUUACGCCUGCGAGAUCUUCAGCGAGCGCACCAACUGGAAGUCCCGCGGCUUCGGCCGCGUCCAAUUCGACACCCUCCGCGCCAAGUCGCUCGCCGCCGCCCUUUCCGAUGGUGGCCGCCUUGUCUUCAAAGGCUCCACCCUCUCUCUCUCGCCCUCGGAUGACGACGUCGUCCCCCGCCCCGUCGAGCCACGGAACCGGGUCGAGAAUGGGACCGUGCAUUGCGGGUUCUUGGUCGAAGAGGAUUGCCUGUGCGUGCUGGAGUCCUGGGAAGGGGUCAAGGGCUGGGUGAUGCCGGAGAGGAAGAGCCUCGAGUUCUGGGUAGCUCACGGCGGAGAGUGUUACAGGUUGGAGGUGCUGUAUGAUUAUGUUCUGGAGGCUACUGGGUGUCGCUUGGAUGGUGACAAGCCCAAUGCGGUGCUUCUCAAGCUCAAGCAUGCACCCAAGAUAUAUCAAAAAGUUUCUGGGCCUAACAUCAGUGCAAAGUUCAGUAAUAACCGGUACCACAUUUGCAAGGAGGAUUUCGAGUUUCGUUGGGUGCGUACUACAGAUUUUUCUGUUAUUAAGUCAAUUGGGCAAUCAACUUCACUUUGUUGGGAAGUUAAGGAAGAAAUAUCAGCUCUUGACGUUCUUACUGGUUUGCCUUAUUAUAAGGAAGGUCUAAAAGAUUUAACUUUAGAAGAAGGGGAAGAAUUUGGUUCUACAUCUGAGCUAGUUCCACUUGUCAGGUGCCAAUCAGAUUCUAAAUUAGCAUAUGAGAUCCUUUUCCAGCUCAAUUCCCUUGUUCACGCCCAAAAAAUUAGUCUUGCUGCAGUGGAUGGUGAUCUGAUUGAGAUCCUCGGCAGUUUAGAAGUAGAUGCUGCAAUGAUGAUUCUUCAGAAAAUGCGUAAAUUGCAAUCGACUCAUUAUGAUCCUCUGUCAUAUGUUAAAACCCAUCAACAUAUUCUAAGGAAAGAUGGUAAGAAUCUUCUGUCAUCGUCCCUUGGCAGAUUAGUAAGUCAUAAUACGAUGAGUUGUCAUAGAGCUCUCGUUACUCCAUCCAAGAUUUACUGCUUAGGCCCAGAGCUUGAGAGCUCAAAUUAUGUUGUAAAGAAAUUUGCUUCAUAUGCUUCUGACUUCUUGAGAGUUACUUUUGUGGAUGAAGAUUUGGGUAAGCUUUCCCCUAGUGCCAUUUCCCCAAGCAUUCAGCAAGGCAUAUUUGCCAAGCCCUACAGAACUAAAAUAUAUCAGCGGAUUUUGUCUGUUCUUCAAGAUGGGAUUGUGAUUGGGGCUAAACGAUUUCAAUUUCUGGCCUUUUCAGCUAGCCAGCUCCGUUCAAAUUCUGUCUGGAUGUUUGCUUCUAAUGAGAAUGUAAAAGCAGAAGAUAUUAGGGAAUGGAUGGGCUGCUUCAAUAAGAUCCGCAGUGUGUCAAAAUGUGCUGCAAGGAUGGGUCAAUUAUUUAGUUCUUCUACACAAACUCUGGAAGUCCCCCCACAAGAAAUUGAGGUUAUUCCUGACAUUGAAGUUACCUCUGAUGGUGUCAGCUACUGCUUCUCUGAUGGCAUAGGAAAAAUUUCCCUGCCUUUUGCUAGGCAAGUUGCUCAGAAGUGUGGAUUAAAUGAUACUCCUUCAGCAUUUCAAAUUCGAUAUGGUGGCUAUAAAGGUGUCAUAGCUGUUGACCGUAAUUCCUUCAGAAAGCUGUCUCUACGUAGGAGCAUGCUCAAAUUUGAAUCAAAGAACAGAAUGCUUAAUGUAACAAAGUGGAGUGACUCCAUGCCUUGCUACUUGAACCGGGAGAUUAUUUCCCUUCUGUCUACCUUGGGAGUUGAAGACCAGGCUUUUGAGGCUAUGCAAGAUCAACAACUUCGUCUUCUGGACAAAAUGCUUAUAAGUAGAGAGGCAGCCUUGGGAGUUUUGGAGAGCAUGAAUGCAAGUGAUGCUAAGAGCAUUUUGAUCAAGAUGUUGCUUCAAGGUUAUGAGCCAAAUGUGGAACCUUACCUCUCCAUGAUGCUUAGAGCACACCAUGAUAACAUUUUAUCUGAUAUAAGGAGCAGGUGCAGAAUAUAUGUGCCCAAAGGAAGGGUACUAAUUGGUUGUUUGGAUGAAACAGGCAUUCUAAACUAUGGCCAAGUUUAUGCCCGUAUAACCAUGACUAAAGCAGAGAUGCAAUCUGGAGAUCAGAGUUUCUUUCAGAAAGUGGAUGAGACAACUUCUGUUGUGGUUGGAAAGGUGGUAGUUACAAAGAAUCCAUGUCUUCAUCCAGGAGAUAUUAGAGUCUUGGAGGCUGUGUAUGAGGUGACAUUAGAUGAGAAGGGUUUCGUGGAUUGCCUCGUCUUCCCUCAGAAAGGACAAAGGCCUCAUCCAAAUGAAUGCUCUGGCGGUGAUCUUGAUGGAGACUUAUUUUUUAUUAGCUGGGAUGAAAAUCUGAUCCCAACCGAGACUGUGACUCCCAUGGACUACACUGGGCGAAGACCACGUAUAAUGGAUCAUAACGUGUCUAUGGAGGAAAUUCAAAAAUUUUUUGUUGACUACAUGAUCAAUGACAAUCUAGGCAUGAUCUCUACUGCUCAUUUGAUACAUGCUGACCGGGAACCGGAGAAAGCUCUGAGUCCAAAAUGUCUUCAGUUGGCCAGCCUCCACUCGAUGGCUGUUGACUUUGCCAAGACAGGAGCACCAGCUGAGAUGCCCAACUUUUUGAGACCAAAAGAGUUUCCCGAUUUCAUGGAAAGGUGGGACAAGAGCUCUUACACCUCCCAUGGGGUACUGGGCAAACUCUACCGUGCCACCUUGAACGCAUCAAGGGUGCAAGAAAGGCCAGACUCUGUUUGGUCUGAGAAGAUAGCCCAUGAAGUAUACGACAAGGAUCUUGUGGUGGAUGGAUUCGAAGACUUCCUUGAAAGUGCAGAAAGGCACAAGGGCAUGUACUGGGAUAAAUUGAGCGACUUGAUGAAUUAUUACGGGGCAGAGAGUGAAGAUGAGAUAUUAACUGGGAAUUUGCGCGUCCGGUCAGUGUAUCUGCAGAAGGACAACAGGAGAUACGCCGAAAUGAAGGAUAGGAUUCUGUUGUCGGUUAAGACCCUACGCAAAGAGGCCAAGGGGUGGUUCGAGAGCAGCUGCCGCUGCAAGGCCGACGACGAGCAACAGAAGAUGGCAUCUGCAUGGUACCACGUCACUUAUCACCCAACCUACCAUAAGGAGGGUGCCCAUUGCUUGGGCUUUCCAUGGAUUGCAGGAGAUGUUUUGCUAGGUAUAAAGUCAGUGAGUGAAUAGCAGAAAGCUGUUGGCUGGCACGAACACUGCAAGCUAUAUUGCAGCAGAAUGCUUUACCUAGAAGAAGUGAUUAUGAAUAAUUACCGAUGAUGCAGGGUGUCACACUGCAAAUGUUAAAUUUUCAAUGGUAUUUAUUAAAUAUAUCUCUUUUUUGUAUGUAAAACUAAAAAUAUUUAUAAUAUUAUGGACAUAGGCAUGGCACAUUUCAAGAGAAAAUUAAUUCCCAAGUUGCAACAGUUACUCCAUGGUAAAUAAAUAAAGUCCUCAACCAAAUCAGCUCGCGGGCCAAACAUGGUUCUCGCUUCUCCUUC